AUGAAGAUAACACAGGUGCACACCGUGAACCUUCGCACCAUACUCUCCGAGACAACGAGGAUCGUGAAAGCUAACAACACCGACUUUAUCGCUUUAUACAUCUUCUUCCUCCCUCUCGCCUUCUCUCUCGUCAUCACCCCUACUCUCCACCUCCACCUCUCCGGCAGCUUCUUCACCGUCGAUCUCUUCCACAAUUCUCUCGCAAAUAAUCAGACUCUUGUAACAUGUCAUCUUCUCUACAUCCUAAUCGUGUAUCUACUCACUCUAUGUGCCAUAGGGACAAUUGGCUACAGUACAUACAAUGUUUUCAUAGGUACACCGGUCAAUUUCUUCACAUCCCUUAAAUCCUUAACCUUCAUCUUCUUCCCAAUCGUUUCCACCGCCAUUAUAGCUCACCUUCUGCUACUUUUGAUCUCGCUAACUUGCCUCCUGUUUGUUGGAAUGAUUGUUAUGCUGGGGAAAAGCCUAGGGAUACUUGUAAUCGACUACAACUCGAUUUACUUCAUGUGGUUUUCCAUCGCGACAAUAAUCGGUAUAACAAUCUAUUUCCACAUGAACUGGUGUUUGGCUUUCAUGGUCGUUGUUGCAGAAUCUAAAUGGGGAUUUGCAGCUUUGAUGAGGAGUUGGUAUUUAGUGAAGGGGAUGAGAUCGGUUUCAUUGUCCUUGUUGUUGUAUUAUUUGAUCUGUAAUGGAGGUAUGGCGUGGUCAUUUUCACAUACUGUAUCUUUUUGUGUGUUGCGUAGGGAGACCCUGAGCUUUGUCUUGCUUACGAUGUUUGGUUCCUUCUUCCUGAUGUUGUGUUUGGUUAUGAACACCGCUGCCAACACUGUGUUUUAUAUGUACUGCAAGGCUUUCCAUGGUGAAUUGGAGCUUGAGAUUGGUUAUGGGUUUGAUCAUCAUUACAUCAACUUGCCUUCUUCCGAUGAUACUGUUGUUGGAGCUUGA